CUCCCGGAGUGUGUGUGCUGUCUGUCUGUGUCCUGAUUCUGUCUGUCACACUGUCACGACCAUUGCAGUAGUGAACGAUACAGAGUAGUCAUCACUUUACACGCGGUACAUGUAUUCAUCAGCCAUUCCGUCCAUCAGAAAAGCCUGUAAGCACCAGUUACGCCACACAUCACCAGACACUGUCAUGGAUGGCAGGCAGUCGGGAGCGGCACACAUCGCAAUGACACUACGCCAGCAGACGGGGGGCGAGGAAAAACCCAUUUGGCUGUCUGUGUGUCUGUCUGUCUGUCUCACCCUUCUGUCUGCUUGACAGUUGAGGACACCCUUCAUCGAUCUCUCUGUCCGCAAUGGUGACCUACACUCUCUGGAUAGCAUCGAUCUCAUGGGAUGGAAGAGCCACUCAGUCAAAAAGCUGUCUCUCUCCCUCCCCCAGUCCGCUACACACUCUCCUGUCCUCUCCCGCCCUCUCCCACAUCGAUGUCUGUUGGCAGGCUGGUAGGGACGUCAUGUGAUGGGCUGAUCGGCCCACUGCCGCACACGGUGCACAAACGAAUCUCACGUCAAUCGUGACUUAUAUGAACAUGUAAUGGAAUGCAGUGUAAUGCGAAGCUCCUCCCGCUGGCUGGCCAUAUAUAGUGAGUCGGCACGUCAACAGCUGGGCUGGCUGGCAUCGUCCACCACCUGUACAACAAACACAGCCCGCCAUUCCCCUCUGCCUGUCUGUCUGACCUACUCAAUUGUCCGUCUGCACAUGCGCUGUGAUGGUCUUCUCGGCGACACUGCGGCACGCAGGGCAUUGCAGCACAGAGUGGCACUUGACGUCAUCGGGCACCGGCUUGCCCGCCCCCUCCGGCCGCGCCUUCUCUGCCUUGGCACUCUCGUGUCUGCCCUUCCACUGCUGCCAGCAUUCGGCACACAGGCACAGGUGGCGACACGGAUCAAACAGCACUGUGGGCGAGUUGUGGUUGCAGAUGACGCAGAUGGGACGAGGCGGGAGAGGCGGUGCUGCAGCAGCCGAUGCGGCCGCCGCUUCCCUGUCCUCCAGCCGACCCUCCAUCUUGUUGGCCUCCUUGCCGAGUGCCCGCAGUGCCACCUUGGCCUUCGCGAUGUCGCGCUUGAAGGCCUCCACAUCUUCAGGUGACCGCAGGGAUGACAGCCGGUACUCCGUCAGGCUGCAUACACCCAACAAGACGACGACGGCACCAACAAGGGUGCAUGGGCGCCUGAAAUCGUUUGCGCGUGUGUGUACCAUGUGCGAGCUAUCUGCAGCAGGCGGUCGUGCUCUUGCUGGAGUGUUGGUAUGGUGGUCGCCUCGGCUGCCGCAGUCGCCUCCGUCACUGUCGAGAUGUCCGCCUCCAGCCUGCAGGGCAGCGAAGGGGCAGCAUCCAUCAACAGACUCCAUCACUCGUUUGUACGUGUGUGUGCUUACUGCCGCAGCUUGGCCUUGGUGCUCUCCAGCAUCUCACGAAGCUGCCCUUCCGAUGACAGCGAGUCGAUCUCGUCGGCUAUCUCGUCAGCUAUCUCGUCAACACGCGAAGACCUGAAUAAGUGUCGAUCAAUCGCUUGUGUGGGCAUGCACGUGUGUGUGUGUGUGUGUGUGUUGUCGUUACUCACCUUUGAAUGCGAUCAUCGUUGCAGGCUACAUAAAAUGGCGCAGAUGGGGACGGCAGACGGGCAAACAGGGACCCGCUGCCGUUGCCGGCACGUGUGUGGCUAUCGCUGGUGCGGGAGGUCUCACACGCACUGCUGUAGAGUUGGUCGAGCCGCUCGUCUUCGCGCGUGACCCUCUCGCCGAACUCACACACCUCCGCUGCCGUGGUCAGGGCCAUCAGCGCAUCGCGAGUCAACCUGAAGGACCACAUGAAUCGAUUAACGAAGAUGAUUCAAAGCGAUGCAUUUGUAUGUAUCUUUGUACGUGUCUGUUUGCUCUUGUGUGGCUUCUGUGAGUGCCCCUAUGGCCGCGUUGAGCUCAUUGGUCCGCUCCAUGAUGCUCGAGUGCCGCUCCAGCGCCUCCCCAUAGCGUCGCUCCAUGCUGCAGACAAAUGGAGUGAACGCACACAUGACGCAGCCAACCCUCCGCCCAUCCAUCCAUCCAUCCAUCCCUUGCUGACCUCUGUUGAUCCUGCAUAGCCUUGCACACUGCAUCCCUCAGAGAGCCGAGCGAUGCUGCUGCUGCCGCCGCCGAUGCGCCACUGGCGUAGCCAACAGACCAAAGUGACGAAGAGGGCGGCAUGGGUGGCGGGGGCAUCAUGGUGGCGGUGGUGGCGUCGUGCAGCGAUGCAGCGAUGGCCAUCUGUGUCUGCGCAUCAUGCUCCUCCUCGUCCUCACUGCACACCCAACUAAUGACACUUGUGCCGUGGUGCAGAUGCCUGUCUAGGGCAUGUAACGGACCUGUCGUCUCCAUCUUGGUGUGGUGGAUGGUGCUUGUCGGCUGCCGGUAUGAGAGCCGGCCCAGCUCCGACCGAUGCGGCCACCGCGCUACUGACCGAAGACGAGUGCAACACCGCCCGCACGCCACUGCCGGCCGGCCCAGCCGUGCCGCUGCCGUCGCGCUGCAGAGGCUUGGUGAGAGGCCGGAGAGGCUCAGCACCGGAGGAACGAGAAGAGGGCCGCGUGGUGUCCGCAGACUCGGACAUUGGCCUGUAAAUCAGGAGAGGAUGCCGUCGGUAUAAGUGAGGGUUGACAGCGGGGCGUUAGUGUGAAUGCGUGAGCUUCGCUGUGUUGACCUCUCCUGCUGUGUGUCUGUGUCUUCGCCGUCAGCACCAGUUUCCUCUACGUCGCUACCAGCGUCAUGCUCAACACCCUCCUCAGCCACCGACUCAACACGCCUACAAGAGCCCCCAACGACACGAUAAGAUCCAUGCACCAUGACCCUCCACCGAUGUGUGUGCGUCAGGGGUCCUCAUGUCGGCCUGUCUGUUCCUUUACUUGGGACACCUGACGAGUGGCGGAGGGCCCCGGUGACACGACGGACGAUACCCACUCGACGACGGCGGUAACAGGUCGUCACUGACACAAAAUGAGACAACGAAACACGCCAUUCAUUGUGCCCAUCCAUCUAUCCCCUUCUCUGUGUCUGUCUGCUUACAGCUGCUGUGGCGCAUACGCCAGAGGGGGGAAUGACUCAUCGGCACCGCUCGCCGGUCUGUGUGCAGGUGGCAGGGGCCGAGAGGGUGGGGGCGGGUGAGAGGGACUCGACGACACAAACGGUCGCCGCAUGGCCGACUUGUGCAGCUCCUCAGCUGACGGCAGACGAAGAGGGGAAGGGACCGGCCGAGCCGACAGGGAUGGUGCAGCAGCCGGGAGGCCCAGCCCGCUGUCUCUGCCCAACUUGCUGCCUGCCGAUGGGCCCGGCAGGCGCUCCUCGCGAGGCGUCUGGUCGGCCGUCGACACACCGCUGGGGUGAGAGAGCAGCAGACGAUCAGCCGAGGGCUGCUCAGUCGUCUUGUGCUUGGCUGUCGGGGGCUGGAAGGGCGAGAAGGGGGAACGAGUCGACUCUUUGGGAUGGGCAGCUCUCUGGGUCUUGUUGGUGGCCUUCUUCUGCUUGGCGUUCGUGGCCUGCGCAUGGCUUUCGAUGGCGUGGCUGCCGAAGGCCGACCCCAAAAGUAGGGCGUCGCCGUCCUCAUCUUGAUCAUCGGCUGCCCCACUGGUGUCCGCCUGAUCGUCUUCGUCGCCCGGCGGGCUGCUCGUGGAGGUGGGGGCCGCUGUUGCGGACGCCUGCCUCUUGCCCCCCUUCUUGCCCUUCUUCUUGCCCGCCUUCGCCUUAGCCGCUGCCCUCUCCUUGUUGGCCUCCUCCUCUUUGAUGAGUGCCGCCAUCCUGGCGUCGGCCUCCCUCUGCUGCCGCGCCAACUCGGCCUCUGUUGGGGCCUCCUUGGCCUGUCGUGUGGCCUGCCGCCCCUUGCGCCUGUCGCGGUGCUCCUUCAUCUUCUGCAGCCGCUCCUGCGCUUCGACGGUGGAGGGGCGCGGCUCGCGAAUGGGCAGCUGCUUGGGCAGCGCCAUGAGCUCCGCCAACACCAGCUUGCGGCAAUGGCGGUCCUCCUCUGUGGCAGUGGGCAUGAGGGCGAUAUCAGCACCCGCCUGGAGGAGCACACGGAUGGUGGUCCUGACGUGGGGGAUCCGGAUGGUGAGCCGAUCCUUCGCUGCCUGCCCCGUGUUGUUGUCACGCAGCCGCUGGGUGAACUCAUCGAGCUGUCGGGCAGCGUAGGUGAGGACUGUGUUGGUGGGCUCAUUUGGCUGCCCUCUGUUGAUGUCGGCAGCAGUGAGACGGCGGCAGAAAGACGCGGCGACACGAUGGGAGCCCCAGAAAGCCGCGUGGUGCAGCGGCGUCCGUUCCUCAGAGUCCACGGCCGUGAUGUCGGCCCCGUUGGCCACCAGCAGGUCGAUGUAGUCCUCGAUGAACUGCUGAGACCAGACUGGAGGGCUCGAGGCCGCGUCAUGCAGCAGGUUGCUGCCACUGUCGGCAUCGGUCUCAGUUGCGAGUGUGGGGUCUCGCUGGAUGAGCUGCCGGUAGAAGGACAGCAGGAUGCGCUCGUGAGCCUCAGUCGGCUGGUCCGUCGGCAAUGGGAGCGGCAGCUGCAUCACAAGGAGCCCCGGCAGGUGGAGCCCUGCAAUAGACAGACAGACAGACAGACAGAGAGAGAGAGAGAGAGAAGGCGUCCACCAUGGUGUGUUUCGUGUGUCGUGAGUGCUGUGAAUGGGUGCGCACCUGGCUGGCUCAUCAGGAGGUCGAAGGCGGCCCGGUUACACGAGGCGAUGGCCACCACGAUGGGCCUAUGGUCACCCUCACCCCCAUUGAUGUCGGCGCCUCCCUGGAUCAGGCUUCGCAUGACGGCGAGCUGGAGUCCGGGUGUCUGCCACAUCGGCAUGGCGACGGGACAGUCGCCCUCGCCGCCGGCUGCCCAGAUGGACGGCACGCUGUUGUGAGUGAGGUUGUUGAUGCACAGCGCCAGCAGCGGAUAGGCCAGGUAGUCAUCCGUAGUGCCUUCCACCCGCAGCUGUGGCUCCACAUUGGGGUCGGCCCCCUGCUGGUGGAUCAGGUCCGGCACAUGCUCUUCGUCAGUGACGGUGCGGCGGAGGAUGUGCCGACACAGCCGAAUGCUGGCGUCGGCGGUGUCAAUAGGGAAGGCGAGGUCGAUGCCGUUCUCCAAGCUCUUCCAGCCAAGUCGUAACGGCGGACCUGCGGCUGGCACAGACAAUCCGGCAAAAGACACACAUACAAGAUUAUUCACGAUGAGCUCUGGAAAGGCGAUUCUGCUUUGUGUAGCGGUGUCCCUGUGUCGAUCGGCGGUUUCAUCUGUUCGGUCGAGUCCGGCCCUGUCCGCUGCGCUGCUGCCCGCCAGCACCCUCACCGACGUCGACACCGAGACCCCCACCAACACGGCUAACACCUGCACACACACAACGACAGAGCAGUCAUGACCGUGCUGCUUACUAUAUCCCACAGCUCGUCGCUCACCCUCGUCAAUGCCACCAUUGCGAUUGCCUUUGUUCUCUAUCUGCCGGCCACCACCGGUGGUCUCCUCCUCGGCUACAUCGUCUGCAGAGGAACACACACAUCCACACACACGAUGCUGUGAGUGAUGUGCUGCAUCUGUCCGAGCUGAGUGUACCUUCAUCGCCAUCGUCACCGUCGGCCAUACCAGAGGCCAUGUCGGUGUCGGGACGACCAGACGACAUCGCUCUCACUUACACAGACAGACCAACAGCUGCACCAUAGACCACACAGACGGCUAAGGGCCUGCAGGCAUCUGAUGCAUUUGUUGUGUGCAUCAAUCAGUGCUUGCCUAUCACAAGUAGGAGUCGACAGCCAGCCGCACACACACUCAAUCAACCACUCCGCCCGUCGACAAGGCAGACCUGAAGACCGCCAACACACACAGACACACAGACAGCAAACAGAUCAUCGGUGUGCUUAUGAGUGAUCCAAUGGCCGCAUCGUCACUUACCGUUGGGCGAGAAGCCGCUACAGCUACGUUGCUGGAUAAUCCAUCGGGCCACGAAUCGUGUCGGUUCUCGCCUCUCUUAGGCUCGCACCGAUCGGCUCGGAGGUCGUGGGCGAAGGAGCCAUUCUGUGGGCUCACGAGCCUCGUAACGUGCCAAUCAUUCGGCCGCAGUGAGCCCCGCUUGCUUUGGAUGAAUC